AUGCCGCCCGGCGGCGACAGCAGCGACGGACCAGCUCCUGGAGGCAGGGGUUUCCCCGCGUUGGGUUUAAUCUCGCAACGACAGGAUGGACGUUACCUUCUUCUUACGCGCUCGGACGAAGGUGAGACGCUGGAAGGAGUUUCACCAUUUUUGAUCGAUAAAGCGAUCAAAAACUGCUGUGGGGACGUGGCCAGCGUGAAACGUAUUCGAGAAGGAAAAAUAUUAAUCCAGACACACAACGAAAAGCAAGCGAACCAACUUAAGAAACUAACCUCACUUAUUGAUGGAUUGAACAUAACCAUAUCCGAACACGCCACGUUGAAUACAUGCAAGGUAGUGAUCACGUGUCACGAUCUAAAUAAUAUCGACGAGAAGGAAAUUUUGCAAGAGCUCAAUGGGCAAAAAGUGACUCACGUGCAGCAAAUAAAGCGAAAAGCAAACGGUCAACUUAUCAAAACCCCUUGCUUCAUACUGACAAUCUCUUCAACAAUACGACCAGAACGAGUCAAAGUAGGAUUCCUCAGUGUACCAGCUCGCCCAUACUAUCCACGACCUGUGCGUUGUUUUCAGUGUUGGAGGAUCGGCCAUCUUGCUCGUGACUGUCGAAGAGAAAAAACAUGUGUUAACUGUUCGGAAGAAUAUCACGGCGAAGAGAGUUCGAAAUCAUCAAAAUGCGUCAACUGUAAUGGAAAUCACCCAGCUAACAACCCGAAAUGUGACGUCUGGAACACGGAAAUGGAUAUUAUUCAGAAGACCUGUACGUGUAAAUGCACCUGUGGUCAAGUUGCCAAGGCAGAAGGAUCUACUACAAAUACAAAAGCUUCGACGUCAUCUGAGAUCAACAGCAGCCAAAUUCCAACUAAAUUAAACGGUAGCAGCCCACCUAGCUCCCCCAGAACGAAACGUGACGGAAAAACCAGCGAUGAUGAAACACCUGCAACCCAGAAGACUGUAAGUAAAGAGAUGGACAAUGACAAACCUGAUCCCGAAGCAACCAAGAAAACUCGCGGACGAACAAGAAAGAAACCAACGCCGGAAACCAGGAACAGAACCGAUGCUGAGAAUGGACCGAAUGACCAAAAUGCAUAA